AUGAAUAACACAUCUAUAAAAAAAAAUACAGAUGAUUGCAUAUUCUGCAGAAUUACUGGAACAGUUGUACUUGGAAGCGUGUCUAUUUACUCCUUUAUAAAAUAUUUACAAGCACCCAGAAAAUCUGGGGAUAGAAGAUUUUUCGCUUUCAUUUCUCUUUGCUUUUGCUCUCUGUCUAUAUACAGGGCUGUAACACCAGCAAGGUCUUUGACAAGGAAGGAGAACGACCAGCAGAUUGGCGAUUAA